AUGUUGGGCAGACUCUUGAGCACCGCUGCCUCGAGCUUGAACCCGGCGACAUACUCUUCUCGAAGCCAUGGCACCGCCCUCGAAUCCGUGACCGAGGAGGAACACACCUCCGGCCUUCUCUUCCCUGAUGCCAGCCUCCUCCGCCGCUCCAAUGCCCAUGCCUAUCCGCUACAAACAACCUUCCAUUCCCCGAAUGCAUCGACUGCAGGAGCUUACGAUGACCGUGGGGGAAUGGAAUUAGAUUCCAUGAAAGAUUUCCGGGUCAUUGUGGCCCAGAACGCCCUGGGAGACCGUGAUGCAUGCGUUCUGCUCGACACCCGUGCUUCGUCCGAUUCUCCUCCGACUGGCCUCGGAAUUGACUCGCAGGGCGGGGAGAAAUCCAGCCCCAGACAUGCUCGUGCUGUAUCCAGUCUCUCGCGUGGCACACGCCGGAGUGUCUUGACACAGUCCUCUGUGGUCGAAUCCGGACCUCUCUCUGCCGCUGCAGAUGCACGCAGGUCAACACCUGCAAGCCCUGGCGCCUUCUCUCGGGCUCGAGGGCGCAGCUCUACACUCGCACCAUCUGGAACAUGGAACGAAUCCGGCCAGUCCCGGCACGCGACCGACUCCAAUGAUACCGGUCUUCUCAACUGCAUUUUCGGCAGCAGUGCCUUUAGCUAUCGUGGCUCAUCCACCAAGAUGCACAUUAUAUCUGCAGAUGACGAUCCUUCGGUGGUCAAUAUGUCACCUGCGGCCCGCAGCCCACUUGCCCGUGCCUACACAACAGGGAGCCCGGGCCUUCUGGGUGCAGGCCGAGAAUCGGAUGGCAAGCCACCAUCUAAAGUAACGGUUCUUGUCACUCGUAUGUUUAGCGUCAACCUCCCAGAGGGUGCCGAAGCAUCAGCGGAGCGACAUGACUAUGCUACUUCUCUCUACCAAGACUCUUUGCCCGAAAUGGGCUUCCCAUUCCCUGAUGUUGGCAAGCAGCGGAAGAAGAUCAAAGAGAAGAAAACGCCUAUGUACGCCGUUGCGAUUACUAUCCAAAUUCCUUUGCUGGCACGCAAUACGCCACGGCCCGUGUCAAGGUUCAGUACUUUGGGCCCAGAUGCGCCACGUAAAGGGUUGUCCAGCUCCCUGGACUCCGAUUAUCGGUGGCCUGCAGGAUUAUUUGAUGAUAGCCUAUCAUCAGCUUCCCCUCCUGCGAGCUUGGACGAGCGCCUGGAUUUAUUGGUUGACCACUGGGAUGUCAUUACCCGAACUCUAUCUCACUUGGAGAGACUUGCUCGUAAUGAGAUUCUAUUCCUCCUGAGGAAGGUGGAUUCUUUAUCCGGGCCCCACCCGAAGCCCGCCAAGUCUCCCAACAUGCAGCGAACUAACCAAACCAUCGUGCAUCUGCCCGCCAACAUUCUGUCCGUGAACUCCAAACUCAAGGAAGAAGCUCUUCGCAGCACUCGCCGAAUCAGCUUGGCUCUCCAGACCCCAUAUGUCGUCACUGGCCAGAGUCGUUGGGGUGUCUGGCGGGAGGAGGGCCGGUCGAUUGUUCGCGGCCUCGGAGAUAAGGAACAGAAUUUCUUUUUCCUCGUAUUGCUGACGGCAUUUCUGGGCAAUCAUACUGAGUGGUUGAAUGUUCUGGGCCCAGAUUGGUACCGCCGGCGACACAAUCAACAGCAAAAAGCUCAGCAGGAUUCAGAUCCUAUUCUCACCCACCGGACUGUAAUUGUCUGUCCGGACAAGAUGACUGCUCGCCGUUUGAUUUUCCUGCUGUCUGCAUUCCUUCCAUCUAAACAGCGUUUGGAGCCUCUCCCUUCGCCACUCAGGCCUGGCACAUCGGUCUCCAUGCGGGCUAUCUCGCAAAGCCCGCCAGCCGUACCUCUUCUCCGGCAAGAAUCUCUUCGGCGGGCAAUUGAACGACGAUCUCGUGCCCAGAGAAUGAACACUGGAGAGUAUGAAUAUCACCGUCGAUCCAUGAGUCUUUCAUCCCAGGAUACGGCGCAGAGGUCGUCGGAGGGAACCGAUACACCCGUUACACCCCAGCCAAUCUCGGCUCGCAGGGCAUCGGAUGCUCGUUCAAUUAGAACACUGGGGCCGGCCAUUCAAAACAGAGACCUCCGGACUCAGAACACGAGCGGGGCUACCAUUUCGAUGACGACCCAGAGUAGCACCGUCCCAGUCCCACAUUUUACAUCACAGCAAACUAUCCCUGACCCAAGAGGCUCUGAACGCAGUGCGAUCGAUGCAAAUGAGAGCCUGGCAUCAGAGAACUUGUUGAAGAACUUGCAAAGAAGUGAUAGCUCAAUAAUGAGCUCAAAUGGCAGUGUUCCAUCUGCAGGAGGCCGGUGGGGUGGUCUUUUCUCCGGACUGUGGAGUUCGAGACAAGAGACAUUCACUGAUAGUAGUGAUAUGUACUCGGCGCCUGCAGCAGCUCACAGGCGUUCUGUGUCUACAAUCGCUGGUCCACCCACACGCGGCGCACCCACCCUGAGUCAGAUGGUCAAAGAAGUCACCGAAGACGAAGCAGAGCAUCGUUCAGAGGCCGCGCCCAGUGGUAAUAUCUCAAUUCCAACUGCAUCGGCUGCACCUCACGGUUCCGAGGAUGACUCACCGGAACCUUACUCGCUUACGAGCCAAGUCCGUGAAUCUCCGCUGAAGCUGUCUGUCCGGGAGGAUGAAGGCGUGGUUGAUGUUGAUAUCCCGCUUCCUGGUUUCUUGUCGCUUUCGUCCUCAGGAGACUCGACCAUUGCUUCGCCCAGGAAGACGCGAACGUCAAUAACUAGUGUCGAUGCCAUUGCAUCAACGCACAGCAGUGGUUCUGGCUUCCACGGUGCGAUGAAAGAUAAUGAUGGCCCCAGCACCCACGUAGCUGGAUGGUUGAAGCUCUUCCACGAAGACUUUUCCGUGCAAGCAGUUCGACCGUACGCUACCCUUGAAGCGGAUAUCAAACGCGCGAUGCAAGCCGAGCCUUCUCCAUGCAUUCCCGCCACACCUGAUGUGGAGGGGUCUGAGAGAUGGGUGGAUGUUGCGACGACAUUGAUCGCAGAUACACGAAGUUCAUCUGUCAAGCGUCUUCGGUUGAGACGUAAGAUUAUCGUGGGCCACAGUGGUUAUGGUCAGAACCACACUCCUCCAUCGCCAUCCAGUGCUCUCAACUCCAACCAUACCCGUUCUGCCUCUCAAUUCUCGGGUUUCUUUGGCUCAGGCAAGGUUCCUGGUGGCCCCAGCGAAGGACAAGAUUCCAAUUUUAUGGAAGAGCGAUUCAUCGAAGAACCAGUCAUGGAUCUCGAUGGUAUCCUGGUUGAUGCGGUUGAGCGAGUCCUCGGUCAGAGCGGCUAUUCAUCUCUUGCGCAUUCGCGAGCUCCGUCUCCUUCUCGUACUCGACGAGGCGAAGAUAAGGGCCAAACAACGCCCCGUGGCGAAGAGCCUCCUGCAGUCGAAGUUCCCCGCGCCGAGUGCCGCAAGAUGGUACUCGGUGCUUUGGAAGAGGUUGUCCGCCUUGUCACGGCGGAACAUUGCCGAGAAGAUGUAGAUAGCGAGCUUGGGAUCGCUGACCGCGAGCGGAGAAGAGCCAUGGCCGGUGCUGACAACACUUUGCGUGAAGGUAUCCGAAAAUGGCUUCUCGAUGUUGAAGAAGCUUGGUGA